GUGGAGCCUGGUACAAGGGCCGCUGGUACGAUCAGAACACUGUCUCGGCCUUACAGCAGCCACUGUCUCUGCACUCCUCGGAGUUUGCCAGCUCUUUCACCCCGUGGGCGUCUCGGCCUGCUGCGUAUCAGCGUGCUCAGGGAAAGGAACUUCGCCGCGCGCGCCGAGCCAACCUCUUAAUGCAGGCUGAUCAAGCCAUUAGUUCGGGGUCCAGUGGGUCCAUACUGACACCAGAGGAGGAACUAGACACCAUGCGCAAACACUUUACGCAGGACAGCUCUCUCCCCGUCGACAGCCGAGAGCUGCAAGUUUUUCUGGACAAGCUUCCGGCUCGCAAGGCGCCACUUCAGCCGCCAGACAACUGGGCCAAGGUCGUUCACCGUCUCUACAAGGCGGACUUCAGAUCUGCUUGGACCUUACAUCAGCAUUUGACUAUUCCCCUGCUCUUCGCGGCAUUCAUGACACUCGUCACGCGACGACUCAGCUCACGCCUUACAACUGAAUGGGUGGAGCGAUGUUUAACCAUGUUUGCCGACGACUUCCACAUUGGCCAGUGCUUUCACAGCUACCAUGAGCUUGAAACGCUCAGCUCACGGAUAGGCUAUAUCAUGUCCACAUUACGGAACCAUGGCAUGAGCGUCCACGCCACCAAGGCGAAGGCAAUCAUCACGAUUGAAGGCACCAAACGCAGCACUGCAGUCAAGAAGCUUGUACGCACCAGUGAAGACGGCAAGCUCUUUCGAAUACACACCAAACAAGGCGACGAAUUUCUUCCGCUCGUACGACAGGCAGAUUACCUAGGAGCAGUUACCACCUAUGAUUCCCACGCUUCUGCCACUCUGCGUCGCCGUACCUUGUUGGCUAAGGAUCAGACUCUGGCGGGCCACUGUGUGGCCAUGCCUGGCGUAUGGCUUGGAGGUAUGUGCCCAGCCCAUAUCACGCAUGAGUCAGACAUCGACUUGCUGGUGAGGAGCCGGAUGAUCCUCAUGUUCUCCCAUACGACCACGACUGGAACUUACACCUUGCCAGCCGUCUCACGUCGGUUCCUAAGCACCCCUUUGACCGCGCUCGACACUCCGUUGACGGUGUACCUACUUGUUUCCGUGUCCAUAGAGCCGGCCCCUCAGAAGGGCGUGGAGAGCUUCGGCAGCGUGCUUGUGGCAGCGGGGAAGAGGGGAACGGAAGAGAAGCCGACAGGCGCACCCCAGGGCAAGGGCUUUCAGGGCAAGGGCGGGCGUCGUCGUCCGGGCAAGAACCAGAACGGGCGCCCGCAGAGCGACAGCGGCAACUCCAGCUUUCUCAGUGGUUCCACCACGGACGGGGAGGAUGCCGAACUGCUCCAUCUCGUAGCUCGGGCCAUUGUCCGUCACGAGGACACUUUGAAUGUCCUUCGUCGCUCCACCGGAUGGGUCUUCUGGAUCCGAUCGGGAGACCACUCGAUUCUGCCCACGUUGGUCGAUCUGGCGAGCAAAUGGCGCGAGGUUGCGGAGAAGCAGGAGAUUCAGGCAGAUCAUAUCAGCCUCAGGGUGACCCUUCUCUGGGGCAUCUUCACGACCUUGAAGGAGAAGCUGUCCCAUCUCUCACAGGAGCAGCUGGCCUACGCCAAUCGCGCCUCGUGGAUCGACACGUCGAGCAACUGGAAUUUCCAGCGAUGGGACCCCCAGCAUCAGAUGCUCAUUGUGGACACCUCCCGUCCCCCCCUCAGCCUGGCCCAGAUCCAGGAAAGCCUUGCCACCCUUCUUCGGGUGAUCAACGGGGACACCCUCACACGGUUCGCAGCCACGAAGGGCAUCAGCGCUGACACGCAGGGCACA